AUGGGCAAAAGAGGCUGGGCCUCGGUGAGGCUGGUGGGCAGCCCUGGGAGCUGCGCAGGCCGCGUGGAAGUUUUCUACCAGGGGACCUGGGGGACCGUGUGCGAUGACCUCUGGGACCUGGUGGAAGCAAACGUCGUCUGCAGGCAGCUGGGGUGCGGCUGGGCUGUGGCAGCUCCUGUUGAGGCCUACUUUGGGGAAGGUUCUGGACAGAUCCUGCUGGACAAUGUGCACUGCAGGGGAGACGAGCAGCACCUGGAAGAGUGCACCCACAUUGGCUGGUUCUCCCACAACUGUCACCCACUGGCUGUCAUGGAAGGGACAAUCCCUGCAGGAAAACCCCAGUGUGGCAGGGUUAUUACCAACUCAUCUGGAGCCAUCAGGAAUCCCCCACAGAACACGAUGCACGACAACAUAACCUGCGUCUGGGAGAUCAGGGCAAGCACGUCCAAUCACAUACUGCUGGCGUUCCCAUACCUCAACCUGGACUGCACCAACGAAUAUUUUGAAAUCCUGGACGGUCCUCCAUCCUCCGUAACGUCCCUGGGGAAGACCUGCUAUGGCUUCUACCUCACCUACUCGUCCUCCUCCAGCUCGAUGACCCUGAAGUACUUCCGAAGCUUCAACAACAUAGGAAAAAACUUCAUUGCUUAUUAUUAUUCCGCAACCAAAGGGAGCUGGCCAGAGCUUCGGCUAGUCGGCGGCUCAGGUCGGUGCUCAGGACGAGUAGAGGUCCUCUACCAGGGGGCCUGGGGCACCGUGUGCGAUGACCUGUGGGACAUAAGCGAAGCCGAAGUCGUGUGCCGGCAGCUGGGCUGCGGUCGGGCCGUGUCUGCCCUCGGGCAGGCACACUUUGGCCCAGGAUCUGGAGACAUCCUCCUGGACAACCUCCAGUGCUCUGGGGUGGAGCGCUACCUGGGCCAGUGCGCACACUCAGGCUGGGCGGAGCACAACUGUGGCCACCACGAGGAUGCUGGUGUCACCUGCUCAGGGAGCUGGCCAGAGCUUCGGCUGGUGGGCAGCUCAGGUCGGUGCUCAGGACGAGUAGAGGUCUUCUACCAGGGGUCCUGGGGCACCGUGUGCGAUGACCUGUGGGACAUAAGCGAAGCCGAAGUCGUGUGCCGGCAGCUGGGCUGUGGUCGGGCCAUGUCUGCCCUCGGGAAGGCCCACUUUGGCCCAGGAUCUGGAGACAUCCUCCUGGACAACCUCCAGUGCUCUGGGGCGGAGCGCUACCUGGGCCAGUGCAUGCACUCAGGCUGGGCGGAGCACAACUGUGGCCACCACGAGGAUGCUGGUGUCACCUGUUCAGGAGGAAGUUACUCUUGUGGAGAGGUCAUUUCCGGUUUUGCCGGCUCAUUUUCUACCCCCCAGUAUCCAGAAAACUACCCGACAGACAUCCAGUGUGUUUGGGAGAUCCACGUGGAUAAAAAAUUCCGCAUCAAACUCAAGAUUCUGAGUUUGAGCCUUGAAAGUAUCCGCGGAUGCCCCUAUGACUCAGUCGAAAUCUUCGAUGGCCCCAGAAUUGCUGCUCUCUCCAUGGGGAAGUUCUGCGCCCCGGAAACUCUGGUGUUUCUGUCCUCCUCAGACAUCAUGACAGUGGUGUUCCGAAGUGAUUCUAUGGUCACCAGCACUGGCUUUCAUGCUGUGUUCAGCGCGACCCCACAGGACGAAAGAGAGUCAGGAGGAAGUGGCUCUUGCGGGGGAGUAAUUUCAAGUCUGCUGGGCUCCUUCUCCAGUCCUUGGUUCCCUACAAACUACCCCACUGACAUGCAGUGCGUCUGGGUGAUACACGUGGCUAAGACGUUCUACAUCGAACUGACCAUCCCGAGCCUGAAAUUCUGCGCUGGGGCAGAGCUCAGCUUCCUCUCCUCUGCGAACAUCAUGACCGUGGUGUUCAGGAGCGACGCCAUGGUCACCAACACGGGGUUUUACGCCCAGUACAAAGCCACCCAGCCUGACGAAAGGGAGAGCGGUGUGUCCCUGAGACUGGUGGAUGGCAGCCACAGGUGUGAGGGCCGGGUGGAGGUCUUCUACAACGGCACCUGGGGCACCGUGUGUGAUGACAGCUGGGACCUGAGAGAUGCCAGCGUGGCGUGCCGGCAGCUGGGCUGCGGCAAGGCCUUGUCGGCCCCGGCCCAGAGCUUCUUUGACGGAGGGACCGGCCACAUCGCGCUGGAUGACAUGCGGUGCACCGGGAACGAAGCCCAGGUGUGGCAGUGCGCGCACAGCGGGUGGUUCUCCCACAACUGCGGGCACCACGAGGACGCCGGCGCCGUCUGCUCAGGUGAGCCCCGCUCCACACUGCAACCAGAGCCCUGGGAAAGAAGGAGCUCAGCUCCGUUACCAAAUGAGGGGGGCAAGUCAGGGGGUGUGGCCCUCAGGCUGGCCAGUGGCGGUCACCGGUGCGAAGGCCGUGUGGAGGUGCGCCGCAAUGGGACCUGGGGGACGGUGUGUGACGACGGCUGGGACUUGCGUGAUGCCCAGGUUGUGUGCGGGCAGCUGGCCUGUGGCGGGGCUGUGGCAGCCCCCAGGGGAGCACGUUUCGGCCCAGGCCGGGGCCCCGUCGCCUUGGACAACGUGGAGUGCGUGGGCACCGAAGAUAGACUGUGGCAGUGCCCGCACGGCGGCUGGUUCUCCCAUGACUGCGGCCACCACGAAGACGCCGGCGUCAUCUGCUCCGGUCUGGGCCUGCGGCUGGUGAAUGGGGCCAGCAGGUGCGAGGGCCGAGUGGAAGUCUACCACGCCAACACCUGGGGUACGGUGUGCGAUGACAGCUGGUCCAUAGAGGAUGCCCGCGUGGUCUGCAGGCAGCUGGGCUGUGGCCCGGCCCUGUCCGCCCUGCCGGGGGCCGGCUUCCCCCCGGGGUCAGGCAGCAUCCUCCUCGACGAUGUCAACUGCACGGGAGGCGAGCCCUCUCUGGCGCAGUGCCCCCACAGCGGCUGGUUCAGCCACAACUGUGGCCACCACGAGGACGCCGGCGUCAUCUGCUCAGCUACUGACGUCACCCCAGAACCAGCAGAAAUGGCUCCUGCAGAUGCAGACGAUUUCUCGACUUUGACCCUGGGCCAACAGACCAACUUGGCCGUCAUCAGGCUGGUGGGCGGGAGGAACCGCUGUGAAGGACGCGUCGAAGUCUACCACAAUGGCACGUGGGGGACAGUGUGCGAUGACCUCUGGGACAUCAACGCGGCCCGCGUGGUGUGCCAGCAGCUGGGCUGCGGGGAGAGCGUCGGCGCCCCGGGGAAUGGCCGCUUUGGGGCGGGCACGGGGCACAUCCUCCUGGACAAUGUGCAGUGCCAGGGUGACGAGACCACGCUGGGCCAGUGUCAGCAUCGGGGCUUGUCCGUCCACAACUGCGGCCACCACGAGGACGCCGGAGCCAUCUGCUCAGACCCGCUCCUGCGCCUGGCAGGCGGGCGCAGCCGCUGCGCGGGCCGGGUGGAGGUCCGGCACCAGGGCGUGUGGGGCACGGUAUGCGACGACCACUGGAACAUCAGGAACGCCCGCGUCGUGUGCCGCCUGCUGGGCUGCGGCCGCGCGCUCAGUGCCCCUGGGCGCGGCCGCUUCGGCCGGGGCUCAGGGCCCAUCCUGCUGGACGACGUGCGCUGCGCGGGCACCGAGGACGCGCUGGACCGCUGCGCCCACUCGGGCUGGGCUCGACACAACUGCUGGCACGGGGAGGACGCGGGCGUGGUCUGCGCAGCCAUGCUCUCCUGCUCGCCUCACCUCUUCCAAGUCACCGUUGACCGAGGCUACCUCCGGAGGCUGGGCUACUCGUCCUGGGACGUUCACUUAAAUGAUGAGUUCUGUCGCCCCCAAGUCACGGGGCGCUACCUGAUCUUCAGCAUCCCCUAUGGCCACUGCGGCACCAUCCAACAGGAGAGCUUCGGCUCCGUCAGCUACUCCAACUCCAUCAGAGGCCACCGGGUACGGGGCCACCCUGGCCGAAUCAUGGUGCGGCACAAGGUGCCUCAGCUGAAGUUCACCUGCGCCGUUGAUGGCCCGUCAGCAAUUGAAAUUGUUCCCGGGGAAGACAGCCCACGGCAGGGUGCCAGCUACGAUGUGUCCAUAUCAUUCCUCGAGCUGCCCAUGUCCCCACAGGAGGGGGGCAGGGGGCCGUACUACGCCAACCAGAGGAAAGAGGUCUUCCUCGAGGCCACACUCCACAGCCCCGAUCGCCACCUGAGGCUCUUCGUGGACACCUGUGUGGCUUCUCCAGAUCCUCAGGAUUUUACAACUGUCAAGUACGACUUGAUCCGACAAGGCUGCAUCAGAGACAAUACCUACGUCACCCUUCACUCUCACGGGAACACGGCCAAGUUCAAGUUCGACGCCUUCAGCUUUCUCAGCAGCUACGAUGUGGUCUAUCUGCAAUGUAAGGUCGCCGUGUGCCAAGCAGGGGACCCCUCCUCCCGCUGCUCCCGGGGCUGUGUGGGGCGGAGUCAGAGGAGUGUGGGCCCCGUGGGGGCCACAGAGGAGCGGGCUGAGCACUUCCAGACGGUGGGGCCCCUGGAAAUCCACAGAGGAACCAGUCAGAGCAAGCGCUUUGUGUGA